GGUCCUUUUCUAGGGCGGUCGCACAGGCAGCGGCGGUGCGAAGCGGGCCUCCGCCAACAUGUACUACAAGUUUAGCAGUUUCACGCAGAAGUUGGCUGGAGCUUGGGCUUCGGAAGCCUACACCCCGCAGGGGUUAAAGCCAGUUUCCACAGAAGCACCACCUAUCAUAUUUGCCACACCAACCAAACUGACCUCCAGUGUGACAGCAUAUGAUUAUUCUGGGAAGAACAAAGUUCCAGAGCUGCAGAAGUUUUUCCAGCCUCCUUUUCUUAAGGAGAACUCUUUACUUCAGUUUGGUCCGUUGGCUAAUAAUGGAACCUUUGUACAGAAGGCUGAUGGUUUCCACCUGAAACGAGGCCUUCCAGACCAAAUGCUUUACCGGACCACCAUGGCUCUGACACUGGGAGGGACCAUCUACUGCCUGAUCGCCCUCUACAUGGCCUCGCAGCCCAGAAACAAAUGAGCUUGCCUGUGGAGGACUGGUUCACUUUGUGGCACAAACCCUUUGAAUCCUCACGUUUCAUGUUUUCCACUUGGAUAGUCUACUUAACAUUUUGCAAACAAAGGAAAAGAUAAGAAUACAUUGUUUUGAUUUGUUUAUGGUGUGCAGAUGGCCUGUCAGAUGUCAGAGCUGGUUUGACAGUUAAAACUAUUGUUUAAGGAAAUGUCACUGAGCCAUCACUGAGCUGUGCUUCUGCUCCUGAUUUCCCUGGAGUUCUGCAGGAAAGUUGCUCUCCAGCUCAUUCGUGGCCAGCCGUGCUCAGGGCCUCGGGACUCAGGCGGUGUCUGAGCGGGAAGCGAAGCGCGGAAGCCUUUUGGAGUGUAGGUGUGAUUGAGGAAGGAAAACAAAAGCCAGCGGACAGGUGGUGAAGUGAGGGCUGAGUUAGCCACCCUAGGGAUUGCUCCGCCUUGCAGAAAACAUUGAGAGGAAUGAUAGCAACCUGCCUCUAUUUGUGGGCAGUUGGUUUCAAAGGGUUGUGUGUCUCGCCCAGAACCUAGGGAAAUGGGUGUUUGUUCCAUCGUGGGAGGAGCACCUGUCAGUGCUGCACAUUAGACAGCUGUGUCAGGAGUUCUCCUUUAAUAAUGCUGUGGCUUUACGUUAUGAUUGACCGGACUGCGGAAUAAACACUGGAAUGAAGAUGUUUUUAG